GUCAGAGCUUUCUCAAGCUGCCUGCUGCAGCCAACUCUGAUGAGUAAGAUAGCAAGUCUACUGUGACUACAUCAGCAGGAUGUCAACUUACAACUGCUCCUUUGAUCCAAUAGCUGAAGAAGGUGGUUGGCUUUGUCCUCCAGAGGAAAAGUGUACCAAUCUGACCCCUUGCAUGAAUGGCAGCCACAUCAAUCAAGGUAAUGCAUGUUUGACAGAGGAAGGGUACCUGGAAAAAUGUCUGGGUCCUCGUCAAUCAUCUGUAUUCCUCCCUGUCUGCCUAAUCUACCUGAUCAUCUUUAUGGUAGGCAUGGUGGGGAAUGUGCUGACAUGUACUGUCAUUGCACGUAACAAAGUGAUGUGGACGCCAACAAACUACUACCUGUUCAGCCUGGCAGUGUCAGAUCUGCUGGUGCUGCUGUUCGGCAUGCCACUAGAGCUGUAUGAGCUGUGGCAGAACUACCCGUUUCUCCUGGGGAAGGGAGGUUGCUACUUUAAAACCUUCCUAUUCGAGACGGUAUGCUUGGCAUCCAUCCUCAACGUGACAGCGCUGAGUGUGGAGCGCUACAUUGCUGUGGUGCACCCACUGCGAGCAAAAUAUGUUGUGACACGCACACAUGCCAAACGGGUCAUCCUCACAGUGUGGGGUUUGUCAGUGUUGUGUGCUGUUCCCAACACAAGUCUGCAUGGGAUCGCCAUCCUUCACAGUCGCUCCACCGGCCCCGCUGGGAACAUAAAUGUGGAGAUCCCUGACUCAGCGAUUUGUACACUGGUGAAACCACGCUGGAUGUACAACCUGACCAUCCAGGUGACCACUUUGCUGUUUUUCAUUCUACCCAUGCUCAAUAUCAGCGCUCUGUACAUGCUGAUAGGGCUGCAGCUGAAGCGCGAGAAGAUACAUCAGACACUAGAGGCGAAGUCAGGCUUUGGGCAGGACAGCUUCUGUAACGUGCGUACACAACAGCAGAAGGCACGCCGCCGGCAGGUCACUAAAAUGCUGUUUGUUUUAGUGGUGGUUUUUGGGAUCUGCUGGGCCCCGUUUCACACUGACCGCCUCAUGUGGAGUUUCAUCAAUGAAUGGACUGAUGACUACAUGGAAAUCUUCAAGUAUGUGCACGUCAUCUCCGGAGUUUUUUUCUACCUCAGCUCAGCAGUCAACCCAAUCCUGUACAACCUCAUGUCCACCCGCUUUAGAGAAAUGUUCAAGGAAGUCAUGUGCCAUCGGCCACAUCACAUCACUCCCAGAAAACACUCGCUCAGUGUCACCCGGGUGACGCUUCGCAGCACCCUGAGUGAUGUGCCGCUCAGCAAUUGA